GUGCAGCCUGGGAGGAGGGAGGGGAAUGGAUCUUUUCUGUGUGAGUCGCUGGAGCUCCCUCAGCCGGCUCCUGACCACCUGUCCUUGACUUACUGUGCUCAGACGUGACUGAGAGAAAGCUGCUCACUGAUCCUCCAGCAGCCUUUGUUUUGUAUGUGUCGAUGCAAUUUUUUCUCUCCACCUCUCACUGGGUGUGUGGCUGUGUCUUUCUACCUGUGGUGCCUUCAGUGGACUGGCGUAAAGAGCAGCGUUCGUCCUCAGCCGCUGGAGCUCUGAUGGGAGGCAGUGCUGGCUCCGGCUGGGACUGGGGAUGCUGAACAGGGGGAGGGAGGGCCUGUUCGAGCUGGGACAGCAGCUCCAGCAGCAGGGGGAGUACCAGGCCGCCCUCCACUGCUUCCUCAGCUGCCUGCUGGGACUGACCCAUGUGCAGACCUUCACCUCUCUGCCCAACUGCCUUCACCAGAUUGCAGAGCUCUUCAUCACUGAAAAGAAUUAUGGGAAGGCCCUCCAGUUCAUCCAGGCUGAGAAAAUGUUCUAUGAGGUGGCACUGAUCGAGCUCACAGCUCUUCAGGGGAGCAUAGGGCCUCAGGAGGAGGCUACGCUGGGCUCUGCAGGAUGGACGACCCCAGAGGAGCUGUCGGAGCAGGCCUCCCAUGCUCAGCACCUCGAGCGGCUGGCUCAGCUCUGCAUCAUGAGCAAACAACCUCACCUCGCUCUGGAAUACAGCGGUAAGGCUACAAAGAUCCACCAGAGGGCCUUUGGUAACGACCACCCAAUCACAGCCAGGAGCCUGGAGCUUAUGGCCACCGUCUAUGCUGAGAUUGGCAAGACCGAAUAUUCAGACUCCCUGGGUCAGUGUGUGUCUGCGCUGUCCAAACGCUUCGCUGCUGCAGAGUCCAUCAGAGACACCGUCAACUGUCUUCCUCACUCCCACCGGGAGAAACACUCAGAGGUCCGACACAGAAAGGACAGCCGCCACCACCAGGAGGACACACCGAAACCUAAGAUAGCCAAUGGCAAAGUCCCCACCUCCAUUCUAAAGAGGCCAAGUCCCAACUAUGGGUCAGACGCGGAACUGAACCACAGGCGGAAAGGCGAGCGGAGGGUUCGAUUCCGAGAGCCAGAGACCACGGUACAUGACAUCCCUUGCUGCGACUGUUUAGGUGCCUACGAGACGACGGCGUCCCGCCCCCACCUCGCCCUCUUCACUUGCCUCUUCCUCCUGAUGUCAUUCCUGGGUGUGGCCAUGUACUGCACAGACCGCCGGCGCCCGCAGCGAGUGUGCGAGGAGCUGGAGGCCGCCCUGGCUGUCUACCUGCUGCACAUGAAGCAGCUGGUGUGGGGCUGCUGGAUAUGGCUGACCAUGCAGUGACUGAGACUGACCACAGGUGGAGACAUGGAGCCUUCUUUCAUUUUUUUCAGACCCCUCGUCGUUUCCUUUUUACCUUUGAAGAAAAAACACCUCAGCCGUUUGGAACGGCUCCGUCUGCGGGGUCCAACCACGCUCACGGUGAAAAAGGGAAAAACAUAUGACCCCAGAAAUAUGUAGCUUCCAUGUCUUUAUGUAUAUACGUAUUAAAUCCUUAUUUAAGUUGUAAGGACGUUUUGCACAUCUGCAAUGUUGAUGCUCACAUAUAACACUAAAUCACCACACACGUGAUUCUUCAGUUCAUGUCACAUUGUUUGGGAGUGAAUGUCCCCAUGGAAUGCAAAAUAUUUAUUUUGUUACCGUACAUGAUUUGUGUAUAUCAGAUAUGACACAGAAGUGAAUGUGUAUAUAUGGCUCAGUAUACUAAGGACUAUCACAGUAUUCUGCCUUGUAUUCGCACAUAAAUGAAUGUUAGAGGUGUUUGGAAACAGCUUUAAUUGGCCCGGCGCACAUGAGGAGGAGGAGGAGGAGAAGGAGGACGGAGGCGCAGACUGUUCGACAAUGAUCCGUAGGCAAGAAAACACAGGGCUGCAUCACUUCACAGGUUGAAUGACUAACAGGUGACAAACACCUCUUUCUUUACGGACUUUAUAUCGUCUGUGUGGGUGAACGUCGGCUGGUUCCUCCUUCCACUGAGGAAGCACAAUAUUAUCUUAUCAUCCAAGAGAAUAUACUCGAACAGAAUGAAUGCUAAUGCUUGUGACCAUGCUUCUCUUUAUAACUGCUUGAAUCCAACAAAAAAUCCUUUACCCUAAAUGUUAUUUAUUCUUCUAUACUGUAUAUCUGCAUCUUCGCAAAUAUCCAACGUUCGAUUAUUAUUUAGAAUUUUUUUUAACUUUUUUUUUACCUGUUACAUUUCUAUUUAAAAAGAAAACAACAAAAUUCAGGUUUCGAUCAUGAUGUCAAAUCCUCAUCAAGCUUCGGACAAGUGUAUGGAUGGAUGUGGGUUUGACGAAUACUUAUUUAACAAAAACGAGGAUUCACUCCUUGGAUCUAAAUCCACUACUUUUUCGGGCCAAACAGAAACAUAACAGAGUCUAAUGGUGAAAUAUUGUUGAUGAAAUCAAGUUUUUAAAACAGCCAGAUCACCACACAACUGGAUUAUAGGGCACAGUGAUGCACAUCCCACACACCUCUCAUUACGAGCAAUAACACACAUCACAUAGUUUCCGGUAUAACAUUUUUCUUUAUAUAUAUAUAUUAUAUAUACAUAUAUUUAACAGGUUUCAGGGAACUCAGAGGGAAAGUGUUGGAUUUGUAAGAACUCACAUUUGAACGUCAGAGCAGCAUGAGGCGAACGGCGCCUGUGGAGAAGAAGGAACUACUCUCAACUCUGUACUGUCUAAACUAAACUGUCCUUAGCAAUAAAAACAAUACCCAGUGAA